GUCUUCUCUGCAUAUGAUGCACGGAGCUCUUUAAAAUGGAUUUCAACUCUCCUUUUAUUUUGCAGUGUUUGCUGGUGAUAACAACUGUUACUGCUGACCCUGCUACCACGAUUGGUGUGUUCAGCGGCAGCUCAGCAAAGUUUCCUGUAGGAGUUGACAGCUUUCGGAAUGUCCAAAAAAUGACCUGGAAUAAUAAUAACUGUUCCAUGACUGUGAAAAAUGAUGCUUUGUUGGCCAAGUGUCUCCCUUCUUUUGAGAGGUGGCUGAAACUGGAGAAUGGCUCUCUAGUGCUGAGGAGUGUGGAGAAAGAGGAUGAAGGAACGUAUGAGUUUUUUUUCAAUGAUACCAAAGCACUCUUUACACUAAAAGUAUUUGAGCCAAUCAUUGGUGCACGGUGCUUCCCCAAUGGAACUGCAGACUUGAAUUGCGACGUGGACAGCAAUGAGAGCAUGACAUUUGAGUGGCUGCUGAACAAUUCUCGGCUGAAUGCCCAUGAGGCUUGUAUUAAGGAUGGUGGGAAGAGAGUUCGCCUGGAGAAAACUGUGCCUGGGGAAUUUGUAUGUAAGGUUAAACACGAUCAUGGCUUCCUGAGGACCAGGCCCAUUGUGCUCUCCUGCAGCUAUGGAGACCUUCUGCAGUACCCGUGGUUCAUCUACAUCUUGGCAGGAUGUGCAGGGGCUGCGGCCAUCCUGGUGGCUGUUGUGUCCUCACUCAUCUGUUGCUGCAUGAGGAGGAAGCACAAGUUCCUCCCCGUUCCCUCAGAGGAAGAAAAGGAUGAUGGAAUAACAAUGUCGGUGGUGUCCAGUGAAGGCGUGAAAAGUCCCCCCAGUGGAGACCAUGUGGAGGCUCAAGCUGCCCAGAUUGACUGCCCUCCAAUGCCAGAUGCUGCCCGGAUUGAUUCAGGCACUGAGCCCCAGCCCAUGGUGGAAGAAAAUUUCCCAGUGGCAGCAGAGCCUGGGGAAAUGCCAGAUCAGGAGAUGAUAGCUGAUGUGGAAAGCCAAGAAAAUGCUUCAAACUGUUUCCCUGACCCAAUUGAUAACUGAUCUGAUACGCUCACUGUUCCACCCUGUCCUGAGUCCCGUGACACCCAUCCUUUGCAUCCCAUAGUCUUGCUGUAAGAAUUGGUCUGAAAAAUUUUAGCAGGGGGAAGAUGCGAUGUGUCAGGCCUGCUAAGCUCAUUUACAGGGAAAAAAAAAAGAUUACAUGUGUGGCUUCAGGACCUUGGGCUGGCAGGUUCAGUAGAAAAAUUGGGCAGCUCUCUGGUGCUUAGCUUGUUAGCAGACACGCAGUUACUCUGUAGAGCCCUAAGGACACCUGGCAUCAAAUGAGUGAUGCCUCCUGCUUUCUGCUCGCUCCAUGCCUCCCAUCUUUGCCAGCCAGAUGCCCCUGUAUGGGGCAGGUGGGACAGGUAGAUGUGGCAGCAUGCCAACCCCAGGAGGAACCAGGGAACCACUGGAGAUCUCCUUAGAAAGUCUCUGAUCAGGAGGCACUAGCACAGGAUGCCCAGAGAAGUUGUGGAUGCUCCAUCCUCAGAGGCCUUCAAGGCUGGGCUGGAUGGGACCCUGGGCAGCCUGAGCUGUGUGGGCAACUCUAACCCCCCAGCAGGGCUUUAAGGUCCCUUCUAACCCAAGCCAUUUUGUGAUUCUAUAAUUUCAAAGCAUUUUCUCAUGGGCCCUGCAAGAAGUCUGAGUAAGGCUUCAGCAAAGUGUCUGCUACGCUAGGUGUUCAUCUGAACUGCUGCUCCAGACACCACCCGUAUCUUCAACCAGAGAGUAACUGCUCAGGGUGCCAGAGCUCCAGAAUCUCUGUUGCCACCUGUUUUGCCUUCAGCAGGAGAACGCCUGGGGCUUGGCCGCAUUCAUUUUGGCAGAAACACUGAUUAUAACGCCGAGAUCGUUCAUCAGCGCAAGCAUUAUUGCCUUUAGUGUAACGGUUUAGCUACUCACCGCAAGCUGAGCCGGCCAUCUGCCGUGCGUGCAGGCUUCCUCAGCGCUGCGCUGUCUGCGCACACAGCCGCAACCCGCAGUCCCUCCGGCAGCCCUUGCUGCACUGUGCAUCUCGGUGCCGGGCAGGGGAGCCGGCGGGUCCCUGCGUGCCCUGCUGCGUGCCUGCACACGGCAAGGCUGCGCGCUGGUGCUGCCCGGCUGUGCUGCGCGUUGUUCGCUUGUUCUGCGACCGCUUCAAAGACUUCUGGAUCUCGUUUGCCGUGCUGGCAGUGAUUCAGCCCAGCUCUGCUUUUUAAGGAUGCUGUAGGAAUCCGAUUUUCCGUGGUAAGAGGGAAGUGAUGAUUUCUCUUAUGGUGCUGCGCUGUCUCCUUUCAGUGCCAACAUUCCCCAAAGGCCAUGAGCUGAGCGAGAGCUGGCUGACAAAGCGUGUGACUCGUCUCCGCGAUGACACCUGCUGCUGGUUUCCUUUGCAGCCCUGCUCGAGGGGCCGUCCAACAGCAGCAGGUCAAAGCUGUGUGCUGUGGUGAGGUCGGGAGAAAAGUGCAGAGACUUCCUGUAACUCUGUGUGCUCGUGCCCAGCUAUUGUUCUUUUAUGGUUGGUUUUGUUGGUUUUGGUGUCUGGUCUUUUUAUUUUAUUUUAUUUCUUUCCUUUUUCCCUGCAAUGAUUUUGGUUUUUGUUCCUAAUAAAAAAGAUGUGUUUUCUAA